AUGGUAGAAAGCAUUAAGAAAAAGUGCCCCACCGCCCAGCUGGCGGAGGCGCAGCGGGAGGACGAGUUUCGGGAGCACCUGCUGCAGCAGCAGCGGCGCCAGCAACUGCGGCAACAACGACAACAACAGAAGACGGGACAGGAAGACAGCAGCGCUGUCCAUCCCAAGUUCCUGGACAAAAUAGACAGACUUGUUGGGGGACGGCAGACGGGCAAACAGGCCGCCAAGAGCAUCGUCGUCGACAACGACAGAACCUUUGGAUUUGUUCGCAGUGAGCUAAAGAAAGACAAAAGGACCAUCGAGCAAACCUUGGCUGAUAUCAGAGCUAAGAAGAUGAAGCGAGAACACGAUUCGGCCAUCGCGACAUCUGGCAACCCUGCAUUGACAUCUGGCAGUCAUACACAGACAUCUGGCAACCUUGCACAGACAUCUGGCAACCCUGCACAGACAUCUGGUAGAAAUGCACUGACAUCUGGCAACCUUGCACAGACAUCUGGCAAAACUGCACAGACAUCUGGCAGCCAUGCACAGACAUCUGGCAGCCAUGCACAUACAUCUGGCAACCAUGCACAAAUUUCUGGCAAUCUAGCUCGUACAUCAGGCAGCCCAGCAUCGAUGAGUCAUAAUGCUAUUCGUACGGGCAGUAAUAGCUUGAACGAGGCGCAUGUACUAAGCAGUUGUAGGAAAGACAGUAGUAAUCAUCAAUGAGUUAAUUUAAUAGCGUUGUAUUGUUGUGUACAAACUUUUUAAUUUAUUACUUAACGAUUAACUGCCCAAUUAGUUUAACUUUGUCCUAGGAAUAGCAUUAUUAAAUCGAUUGACGAGUAAAAUUUAGCUGUUAAUUUGUACGAAAGUUGAGCCCUACGGUCAAAAAUAGUUCGUAUGACAGGUUUGAGUAACGCAUACGAAUUAAUUAUAGAUUAGGUAGGAAUAGCACUAGCGCGCUGGUGAGCUGAGGUGAUGGGUGGUGAUUGGUGGCGAGCUAAAUAUUUAAUAUAUAUAACUGAAUUAAUUGGAUAACAAAAUUAAUUGGAUAAAUGAAAUGAAAUUUUUAGUUACCUGAAUCCAUCAUUUGACAAUUGUAUUCAACUUUCAGUCAAUAAAUUAUUAAAAUUAGUUCAAUGAAUCUAAUAUAGAUCAGUAGGUUUAGCAAGUCAUCACAUAGGCUUUGUCUUCGUGACGAGAUGUUCACGAAUAAAAGAUUCAUGAAUAAUUGCAAAAAGGAACCAUUUUUCAUUUACGGUACCGACUCUGGGAGUGUUUUACUGAAUCAAUUUGAUAACUGAAUUCGUUGGAUAACUGAAUCAAUUUGAUAAAUGAAUUAAUUGGUUAAGUAAAUUAAUUGGUUACCCAUUUUUAAUUCGCUAUGCACUGCGUGAUGCACUUCAUAUUCACCAAGUUUAUAUGGUUCAUUAGUCGCCCUCUUACAGGUGAACUCUACGGGGUUUAUCUCGGAACUAUUCACAAUAAAUACGACGUUGUUCUCAUAUUAUUAUUAUAUGUUAUUAUUGCGAUGUUGUAACAUAACAAUAACGUGCUCUCAAGUGUCAUGCACGGUACAGGAUUAAAUUAUUUUCAGUUCAGUUGUAAGUUAUUACACUAGUUGCCCCUGGCGCGACUGUUACCAUUUGAGGAUACUGAAGUUACUGAACAAAA